GUUUUUUGUUUUUUUUUUAUCGAGCACAGUUAAGAUAUUUUAAAUAAAUAUUGAUUUGCUUUAAAUGUGCAUAAAGACAUUAUUUUAAAAGGGCUAAUACUUUCUACGUGACUUACAUAGGUAAUUCAGACAGAAUACGAGCUCAUAUCUUGCCACACAAAAUAUGUAGAGGGCGGUCCAGGACGUAAGCGUGUAGGCGUGUUUUCCCAUUUAAUACGUCUGAAGUUUUUUGUAGUCUAGGUUUGUUUGCUUAUGUGACGAUUUUACUUUUUACGGAGUUGUGCAAGCAUGGAAUCACUAAAACUGCCCCCUCACGAUGGGUCGGUCAUUUCAGUAGUUGACAUGCAUACUGGUGGCGAGCCAUUACGGAUAGUGGUGAGUGGCUUCCCCGACAUUAUAGGAGGGAGCGUCCUGGCAAAGAGACGCUAUGUACGUGAAAAACUUGACCAUUUAAGGCAACUAUUAAUGUUUGAGCCCCGGGGACAUUAUGACAUGUAUGGUGCUCUUGUGGUAAAAAGUGAACUGAAUGAAGCUCACUUGGGUGUACUCUUUAUGCACAAUGAAGGGUACAGCACGAUGUGUGGUCAUGCCGUUAUUGCCCUGGGCAGGUUUGCUGUGGACUACGGUCUGGUCACAGCGCCUCAGUCGCCGGAAACUCAGGUGAACAUUCAUUGCCCAUGUGGCCUGGUGAAGGCAUUUGUCGAAUACUCCAAUCAGAACACUGGGAAGGUGAGGUUCCAUAGCGUCCCAGCGUUUUCAUUUGCUACAGAUAUUACAGUUGAUGUACCUGGUCAUGGGGAGGUCAUUGUGGAUAUCAGUUACGGUGGUGCGUUUUAUGCAUUUGUCAGUGCAGAGAAGUUUGGUUUGGACAUCAGUCAUUCCAGAACCAGGGACCUUGUGGAUGCAGCAACUGCAGUAACUAAUGCUGUCAAAAGAAAGGUUAAACUUCACCAUCCUAGCAGUCCAGAUCUAGCUUUCCUCUAUGGAACCAUCCUCACAGAUGGUAAAGAUGCUUUUUCUGAUGAACCUACUGCCAAUGUUUGUGUUUUUGCAGAUGCUCAGGUUGAUAGAAGUCCUACUGGUUCAGGGGUGACUGCUCGAAUUGCCCUCCAAUAUCAUAAGGGUCUUAUUCAACUGAACCAGACCAGGACAUUCCAAAGUGGGGCCACGGGUUCCCUGUUUACUGGAAAAGCAGUGCAGGAAACCAAAUGCGGAGACUUCAAGGCAGUUACUGUAGAGGUUGCAGGACAUGCACAUUAUACUGGAACAGCAAGUUUUGUACUGGAAAAUGAUGAUGACCUAAAAAAUGGGUUUCUUUUGAAAUAAAUCUGUAGCAUGCAUAAUUACAGACUAUAGGAUCAUUUCUAAAUAUAUCUGUAUACUUGGAUUCAAAAUGCUUUGUUUUAUUUUAUUCAAUUAGCAGUGUACCACUUAGUGUGUUUCAUAUUAUUACUAAAAUUAUUAGAAUGUCAUGUUUGUUGGAAAUAAGGAAGUUUUUGUUUCAUUCUUCAGAAAUUCCUACCCAUUUCCUAGAGGUUGUGUUUAGACUUGUAGUUUUGUGUACAAAUUAAAGCAUUAUUGAGUAGUGUGCAAAAAUGCAUGCCCAGCAAUCAAUUAAUAAAAAAUCGAUUUCAUUACA